UGUCAGAGCAGCUGGCUCACCGGCUUCUUCUGUGGAAAGAAAACCUUGAUGCAAUAUGUGCGCUUCAGUGGUCUUCACUUUAUUUGAGAUGCAGGGCCAUUAGAUUGCAACCCCUGAGGAAAAGAAUGGAUGAACUCAUCUCUAAAUUUUGGAGUACAUUUUUCACAACUUCGCUUCUCUAAUGCUUCUCAAUCUGUACGAUGGGCCUACCUCACGGGGGGCUAUAAAACUGUAAAGUGGUUUGUGUUGGCUGUGGGCAGUGCGGUCUUCGAUGCAAUGUUUAAUGGUGGAAUGGCCACAACUUCUACAGAGAUUGAACUGCCUGAUGUGGAGCCUGCGGCCUUCCUAGCUUUGCUAAAGUUUCUUUAUUCGGACGAGGUUCAGAUUGGUCCAGAGACUGUUAUGACAACACUUUACACAGCUAAAAAAUAUGCUGUCCCUGCUCUCGAAGCCCACUGUGUGGAGUUCCUAAAGAAAAACCUUCGUGCAGACAACGCGUUCAUGCUCUUAACUCAGGCAAGACUCUUUGAUGAACCCCAGCUGGCUAGCCUCUGCCUAGAGAACAUAGACAAGAACACAUCAGAUGCCAUCAAUGCUGAGGGAUUCACCGACAUUGACUUAGACACCCUGGUUGCGGUGCUGGAGCGGGACACCUUGGGGAUUCGGGAGGUGCGUUUGUUUAAUGCAGUGGUUCGCUGGUCGGAGGCAGAGUGUCAGCGGCAGCAGCUUCAGGUGAUUCCAGAGAACAAGCGGAAAGCACUGGGCAAGGCACUUUCUCUUAUUCGCUUCCCAUUGAUGACUAUUGAGGAGUUUGCAGCAGGGCCUGCCCAGUCAGGGAUUCUGACUGACCGGGAAGUGGUUAGCCUGUUCCUCCACUUCACUGUCAAUCCAAAGCCCCGAGUGGAAUUCAUCGACAGACCGCGCUGCUGCCUGAGGGGGAAGGAGUGCAGCAUCAAUCGUUUCCAGCAGGUGGAGAGCCGCUGGGGGUACAGCGGGACUAGCGACAGGAUCAGGUUCUCAGUAAACAAAAGGAUAUUUAUAGUUGGGUUUGGACUGUACGGAUCAAUACAUGGGCCGACAGACUACCAAGUCAAUAUACAGAUCAUCCACACGGACAGCAACACAGUACUGGGUCAAAACGACACCGGGUUCAGCUGCGAUGGGUCCUCCAGCACUUUCCGGGUCAUGUUUAAAGAGCCCGUCGAGAUUCUACCCAACGUCAGCUACACGGCGUGUGCGACACUAAAGGGUCCAGAUUCUCACUAUGGAACCAAAGGGCUGCGCAAAGUGAUCCAUGAAUCGCCAACAACGGGAGCCAAAACUUGCUUCACUUUCUGCUACGCGGCCGGCAAUAACAACGGCACGUCGGUGGAGGACGGACAGAUCCCAGAGAUUAUCUUCUACACAUAGUGCAGCUGUUGGAGUCAGCUGAGCCGAUGAACUUUUGUCCCCCGCUCCCUCCCGUGCCCUUCCCAAGGAAGUUUCUGGCUGAGUUGAGCCAGGCCAGGGGAGCCGCUCUAGCCAAAGGUCUCAGUAAAGUCGUUUGAAAGCCCA